AUGGACCAGCAGCCUUCGCAACUGCUGCCGAGAUCGCGCCCUCGUUCCAGCCAGACCACCGUCUCGGUCAACUGGGACGACGCCGACUCGCUCUCGCCCCAUCCCCGCAUCAAGUUUGAGGUUGCCGAGUGCAUCGAGACAAAGACCGUCACCACAACCACCACCACCAAGAGGGCCUUCCCGCCCAUGUUCGUGCGCGAGCCCCGGCCCCUGCUGUCCCUCGACUCCAAGGAGUACCCUCUCGCCCGCCGCCCGACGCCCCCCGAGCUGGCCAACUUCACCUUUGACCUGGACGAGCACGGCUCGCUUUCGUGGCCGACAGACACCGAUGUUGACCAUCACGAGUCCUUCCAGUCCUCCCAGUCCGCCAGCGAUGGCUUCAGCCAGGAGAUCAAGACCGAGCCUGCCCUGGACUCGGAACCUCGCCGACGGCCCUCCAGGACCCUGCCCGACCUUUCCGCACGCAGAUCCCACAAGAUGAGCACGCGCUCGUCCUCUCCCAGCGCCAGGGGCAUGGCCAAGAGGGCCGCCUCCAAGUCAUCGCGUUCCCAUGCUAGUGCCGUGUCGGACAAGCUGCGGCGAGCCAUCGCCAACGGUGCCCGGAAGGAGAACGACCACGACGGCAGCGCCAGGCUUGGCGUCGGCCUUCCCAUCACUCCGGACACGUCCGAACUGGCAGGAUCCAGCGCCGGCGGCCCGGGCCGUCCGCCUUUAAGGCUCCGACGCUCCAACCUGGACACGUUCGAGACCCCGGACUCGGAUCCAAGCCAGGUGCCCCAGGACGAGUACUUCAACAUAUCCAGCCCCUCAGGCAGCGACUCUCACACCGUCUUCAGCAGCAACGUGGCCACGCCUCCCGUUACGGACGCCGAUGUCGAGCCCUUCACCGACGCCGACGAGUCCCUCCAGCAGUCCAUCCGGGCCCUGCACCACCCGCGCCCGAUCAACACCCUGGCUGCUCAGGAUGCCAGCCUGCCUAGCCCGCGCUUGUCCCCCACCUUGCAGGCUGCCCAGCUGCACUCGGCCGAUCGGGAGGACGAGGACGAGGAUCUGUCGGUCCUGGCCAACGACGACGGGCAGAACAUGGCGGACGACGAGUACGGUGAGUCCUCGGCCUUGGUUCAGACGACGCCGACCGCCCUCCAGCGUUUUGGCUCCUCGCAGGCGGCCAGGUCCGGCCUGAUGGACAGCCAGUCCAUGCUCGAGACCUUCGACGCCAUGCCCGCCGAGAUGAAGACUUUCAUGAUGUACCAGCUGCUCCGCAGAUGCUCGAGGAAGGUCCUCCACGUGGUUGCGGGCGUUGUCAACCCGGCCCUCAAGUGUGAUAUUCUCAAGGAUCUCCCCCUGGAGCUCACGCUGCACAUCAUAUCCUACCUGGACUGCCGCGAGCGAUGCCGGGCGGCCCAGGUCUCCAAGACGUGGCGCAACAUCAUCGACAGCGACGAGACGGGUUGGAAGGACCUGCUCGACCGCGACGGCUUCACCCUGCCGCCUGGCGAGGUCGACCGGGCCGUCAAGGAGGGAUGGGGCUGGCAGGACCCCGUCGGCCCCGAGGGCUGUGAGCGCGACAUGAGUCUCCAGAACCGACUGACAGCGAGCGAGGCCGAGCUGCGCGCGACCAAGCCCGACCCGCCGCCUCAGAAGUUGCGAAGUUCCAAGCGUAAGAGAGCUCUGAACAACUUCGGCUCGGAUCGAUACAAGCGACGCGCCAGCGCCCAGGACAACGUCAUCCGGGAGAAGGAGCGGGAGGACAAGUCGUUCGAGGUCAAGACACACCGGUCCGAAGGCCCCAUCACGGCCGCCAACGCCGCCGCCGUGGCCGUGCCCGACCCGCACAUCGGCCUGUCAUCGCUGCGGAAGCUCCACCUGUUCAAGUCGCUCUACCGCCGACACUACAUGAUCCGGAAGAGCUGGACCAGCGGCAAGGUGAAGCCGAGCCACGUUGCUUUUGCCGCACACCCUCGCCACGUCAUCACCUGCCUGCAGUUUGACGAGGACAAGAUCAUCACUGGCAGCGACGACCAGCUCAUCCACAUCUAUGAUACCAAAACGGGCAAGCUGCGGAAGCGGCUCGAGGGGCACGAGGGCGGCGUCUGGGCGCUGCAGUACGAAGGCAACAUCCUCGUGUCCGGAUCCACCGAUCGCUCGGUGCGUGUAUGGGAUAUCGAGAAGGGACUUUGCAGUCAGGUCUUCUACGGUCACACUAGCACUGUCCGGUGCCUGCAGAUUCUCAUGCCCACGGACACGGGCCGUGUGGAGAAUGGUGCACCAGUCAUGAUGCCCAGCAAGCCUCUGAUCAUCACAGGCUCGCGCGACAGCCAGCUCCGCGUCUGGCGCCUACCCGAGCCCAAUUCGCGCCGCUACAUCCAGACAGGCCCGCCAGCUAAUGACGCCGACUGCCCCUAUUUCAUCCGCACCCUCCAUGGCCACGCGCACUCCGUACGCGCCAUCGCCGCCCACGCCGAUACGCUGGUCAGUGGGAGCUACGACAACACGGUGCGUGUCUGGAAGAUCAGCACCGGCGAGACAGUCCACGUUCUCCAGGGCCACACGCAGAAGGUCUAUAGUGUAGUCCUGGACACGGCACGUAACCGCUGCAUCUCCGGCAGCAUGGACAGCUACGUCAAGAUCUGGGACCUCGAGACCGGUUCCUGCACACACACCCUCGAGGGCCACACCCUUCUCGUCGGCCUGCUGGAUCUGCGUGACGAACGCCUGGUAUCGGCUGCAGCUGACUCUACCCUGCGCAUCUGGGAUCCUGAGAGCGGCCGAUGCCAGUCCACCUUGACGGCCCACACGGGGGCCAUCACCUGCUUCCAGCACGACGGGCGCAAGGUCAUCAGUGGCAGCGACAGGACCCUCAAGAUGUGGGACAUUCGGACGGGAGAGUGCAUCCAGGAUCUGCUCACGGACCUUAGUGGGGUCUGGCAGGUACGCUUUGACGAGCGCCGCUGCGUUGCCGCCGUCCAGCGGGAUUCGCUCACAUACGUCGAGAUUCUCGACUUUGGCGCUGUACGCGAUGGCAAAAACCCCGAAGAGCUCGGCCGGCGAAUAUUACUAAAUCCUUCCGAGGUGCAGCGUCUGACGGCUGGCAAUGACAACGAUGACAACUAG